AUGACUCCGUCUGCCAGCCUGCUGCUGCUGCUCCUGCUUGGCCUCUCUCAGGCUCUUCCUCUUCAGGAGGAAGGAAGCGCAGAAGAAGAAGAAACAAUCCCAGACGGCGUGGACAUCACCACCAGGAUUCUGACCUCCAACAACGGCACAGACGAGAUCCUGCUGGAAGGAGACCUGCUGGCUCCCAGAACCAGAAACGCCAUGAUGUGCUGGUCCCAGAGCUGCCUGUGGAGGAAAGCCUCCACCGGCCUGGUGAUGAUCCCCUUCACCGUGAACAGCCAGUUCACCAGCGGGGAAAGGCAGAAGAUCGACUACGCCAUGAAGGAGUUCCACAGCAGAACCUGCCUCCGCUUCGUCCCCCGUAAGAACGAGUACGACUACAUCAGCAUCGAGAACGAAGCGGGAUGUUUCUCCGCUCUGGGCAGAACGGGAGGCAGACAGGUGCUGUCUCUCAACAGGCAGGGCUGCCUCUACCACGGCAUCAUCCAGCACGAGAUCAACCACGCUCUGGGCUUCCAGCACGAGCAGACCAGGAGCGACCGCGACAACUACGUCCGGAUCAACUGGGAGAACAUCGACCCACCGAUGGCCUACAACUUCCACAGGGCGUCCACCAACAACCUGAACACUCCCUACGACUACUCCUCCAUCAUGCACUAUGGAAAAACAGCCUUCUCCAUCCAGUACGGCAAGGACUCCAUCACCCCCAUCCCCGACUCCAACGUCCAGAUCGGCCAGAGGCAGGGCAUGUCCUACUGGGACAUCAUGAGGAUCAACCUGCUGUACGGCUGCAAAUAAACGCUGAAGCUAA